AUGACGAGCUCAGCCAAUGCCCUGUUUCAAAAGUACGCAGAGGAGCGGGACAAGCGCCUCCGCCCCGACAAGCUCGCCCAGUACAUCGACUUUCGAGACCCAUCGCUCUUGUCCAUGGAUGCCGACCUGUACGUCGACUACGAUGCGCUGGCGGCCAAAGAUCGACCGCUCAAGGAUAAUUCCGACAUCAAAGUUCUUAUCGUAGGUGGAGGCAUGUUUGGUGUGACGACUGCAUAUCGACUGGUCACCGAAGCCGGCAUCAACAGCAACGAUAUCGUCAUCGUCGACAAAGCGGGAGGCUUCGGUGGAACGUGGUACUGGAACCGUUACCCGGGUGUGGCGUGCGACAUCGAGUCCUACUGCUAUGUCCCGCUCUUGGAAGAAACUGGCUACAUGCCCACGCGCAGAUACUGCUACGGCCAUGAAAUUCGGGAACACCUCGAGAGAAUCGCCAACACGGCGAAUGUCCGCAGCCAAUUCUGCACUGCUGUAACACACCAGCAAUGGGAUGAUGAGGCCAAGCGGUGGGCUGUGACUUUGCGACACAACCCCGGUCCCGGACGAGAGCCAGAAAAACUGAAAGUCUACGCGCAGUUCCUGGUCUUAGCUGGCGGCAUGAUGAGAGCCCCUCACGUUCCCAAGCUGAACGGAGUCGACGUUUUCCGCUCGGCACCGAACAAGUUGCUGAUGCACACCGGACGCUGGAACUGGUCUCACAGUGGAGGCUCUCCGGAGAAGCCGGACCUGGAGGGCCUACGGGGCAAGCGAGUCGGCGUCAUCGGAACGGGGGCGACGGCGAUCCAAGUCGUUCCUCACGUGGCGCGGUGGGCAAAGCACACUUAUGUCUUCCAACGGACACCCUCCUACGUGGGCCCGCAUCUGCAGAAGGAACAAACUCCGGAGGACUGGGCUCGAGUGGCAUAUAAGCCGGGCUGGCAGGACGAGCGGAUGGCCAGUCUGGAAGCAAUGUUCACUGGAGAACCGGAUGCUGAAAACAUCGUUCGAGACAGUUGGACCGAGAUACCCGGGAUGAGAGUGAUGACAGGUCACGCCGGCCGACUCAUCUCCAAAGGGGAGGAAGAGCAGCACCUGAAAGAAGUCCUCGAGCUGGAUCAUCCAUGGACGGAAGCGAUGCGCGCUCGCGUCGACGCCCAGGUGAAGGACCCUUUAACAGCUGAGAAACUCAAGGCUUGGUAUCCCAGCUACUGCAAGCGUCCAACAUUCCACCAAUCCUACCUUGCCCUCUUCAACGAGCCAAACGUCAGCCUCAUUGACACAGAUGGUCACGGUGUCGAAGCCUAUACCCCGAAUGGUGUCCAGGCUAAUGGUGCUGAGUACGAACUCGAUGUACUAGUACUUGCCACUGGAUACACUGUUGGGAUACUCGACAGCUGUCCCUCAUCAGGGCUCAACGCUCCUCUUCUUGGUGUGGGCGGACGGUCUCUCAAAGACAAGUGGGAUGCUGGCGACUUUGGAACUUUCUACGGCGUGAUGACCAACGGAUUCCCAAACCUCUUCUUUGCGUCCAAUACUGGUGGCUCCGUGUCGCAGAAUGCGACAAGCUUCUAUACGAUAGCCUCACGUCUGAUCUCGCACACGGUAAAAGGAGCUCUUCAGCAAGCUGAGAGAAUGGACACAGCUACGGUUGAGGUCUCGAGGAAAGCUGAGGACGAGUGGACGAUGAGUGUUGCAAAGCGGGCACGAUGGUUUUCCCCAUAUUCGGCCUGCACUCCAGGGUUUGCUACAGGCGAAGGUAUCUUGCAGGAAGUGAAAAAGCAGACCGAAGAAGAAGAAAUGGAAGCUGCGAAAAAGUCUGGCUGGGGAGAAGGCUCUAUCACCUUCCGACGGAGAGUUGAAGACUGGAUGGCGACAGGGCGGCUCGAUGGCUUACUUGUCCGAAGUAACUAA